AGUUGUGCCAUCGAUAGCUAGCAAGAAUCAUUGUUAGCUAGAAUAAGUGAAAAUGGGGUUUAAGAUUUCCAUUUUUAGUAUUUUGGUGCUCGUUGCUAUCUCUGAUGCCACACACCAUAAAGCCUUAAAAGCGCGAUCUUCAAGUGGAAUUUGUAAAAUAUCAUGCCACAGCGUAAAUCCUGGGACCGUUACACCUCCUGGUCCGGUAACUGUUUCUCCUGGAAUAACUACUAAUCCUCCUAAAACAAGUUGCUCAGGAGAACCAGGAACAGCAGCUCCUCCAACCAAACCAGGUGGUUCUCCAGCUACAACUCCUCCUAGUAAUCCAGGCGGUCCUCCAGCAACAACCCCUCCAAAUAAUCCAGGCGGUCCUCCAGCAACAACUCCUCCAACUAAUCCAGGUGGCCCUCCAGCCACAACACCUCCAACUAAUCCAGGCGGUCCUCCAGCAACAACCCCUCCAACUAUUCCAGGCGGUCCUCCAGCAACAACUCCUCCAACUAAUCCAGGUGGCCCUCCAGCCACAACACCUCCAACUAAUCCAGGCGGUCCUCCAGCAACAACCCCUCCAACUAUUCCAGGCGGACCACCAGCAACAGCUCCUCCAACUAAUCAUCCAACUAAUCAUCCAACAACAGAACCAGGCUCUUCACCUACUACAGUUGCACCUUCCCAGGCCUGUCCCUGUUAUUGCACAGCGAACGGAAUAACAUACAAAGGAGGACCAAGCAGUAGUAGCAGAUCUCACCACGGAGGUCAGCAUAUUCAUAGCAAACAUGCUCACCAUCUCAAAGAACAUGAAAAACAUGCUCAUCAAAACAGAGAACAUCACCAAGUGAACGCGCAUCAUCAAAAUAGAGAACACAAUCACAAUCAAGAACACCAUCAGAACAGAGAGCAUCACCAUAAUAAGGAACAUCAUGAGAAUAGAGAGCAUCAUCACAAUAAAGAACAUAACGAGAACAGGGCGCAUCAGGAAAAUAGAGAACACCACCAAAAGAUGGCACACCACGAUAGACAUCAUGCUGCCCACGAGAACAGGCAGCACAAAGAAAAUCACCAGUAAAUAACUGUGAUAUAAUUUAGGACGGACUUCUUUAAAAAUACUACUGACCAAAUAGCAAUGAUCCUUUGACGUGAUUCUCCCUAUCUAGUUUAAAUAGUUACCUACUACAAGUGCAUACCAUUUUAUUUUUUGUAUCAUAUUUUUUUUGGGAAUAAAAUAAUUUUAAAUG